AUGUUGCAGAAAAUAAUAUCUUUUUAUGAAGUCACAAGCGUACGGAAAGCAAAAACAACAGGGAUCUUUAGUAAUGCUAUAGAAAUUUUGACUGGGGAGAAAAAGGGAGUUAAAAGUUUCUUCAGGGACUGGGUGCCGACACUGCUUGGUUACAGUGCUCAGGGUGCCUGUAAGUUUGGAUUCUACGAGUUCUUUAAGAAGUACUACUCUGACAUUGCUGGUUCAAGGUAUGCAGCCAAGUAUAAGACCUUGAUUUACCUUGUGAGGUCUGCAUUUGCCAAAGUGAUUGCGGAUGUUCCUCUCUGCCCAAUGGAGGCAGUGAAGGUCCGAGUCCAAACCCAGCCCGGUUUUGCUAAAGGCUUUUCUGAUGGUUUCUCCAAGUUUGUCAGAACAGGUGCUCUUGGGUUGUAUAAGGGGCUUGUUCCUCUUUGGGUUCGCCAAAUUCCAUGUAAGUUGAAAUGUUUCCUUUGCUCGUUGUUGUAG